UGCCGGUGGAGUCUGGCGAAUGCCAAGGGUAGGGUGUCCGUGCGGCUCUCUCAAGCAUCCGGUAGGGGCUGGUGGUACACCUUCACCUGGCGGCGGCCGACAGCCAGGCUUCCCACGCUGCCUUCUGCGGGACGCCGGGUCCCGGGACCCGCCUCUUGCUGCCAGGGUCGAGGUGCUCCGGGGAGGCGGGGCCGGCAUUAGCCCAGCAACUCCCCGAGCUUCCACCAGGGGGCGCGAGGACCCCGCGACCGUUCAGCGCGUCCACCGGGGGGCGCUGCAGCCCGCCUCUGGCUGCCAAGGGGUGCGGAGGGCGACCCAUCGGCGAGCCCCGCCUGACUGCGAGAGGCAGGGUGAAACUAUUUGCAUAAUCUUGAAAGAGCCUUUCUGACUGGUUCGGGCAUAAAAGCCCCGAAUGUGAAACGGUGCCUCUCAUUGGCUUAGUCUUCUCCUCCUUUUCGCGUCCCGCCCUUUCCCUGCCCCUCUGGACCCAGAGGUCAAUCGGAAACCACUGGUUAGUGCUGAGAAGAGGACCCCGGUGUCCCGGCUGUGGGGACCCAGGGGUGAGUGAAGGGCCGGGGCGCGGAGAGCCGGGGUGGGAGGCUGUUCCUCCCACUCUGCUAUGACUCCUCCUCGCUCGCUGAUUCGCCCGUUCAGGAAAUGGAAAUUGGGCAUCUAGAGAGCUACAUCUGGGGACGUCUGUGGCUCCGAGACCCUUGCCACCUGCCUCUCCUCCCACUCAUGGCCCAGCCGGUGCUUCCUCGCCACCCUGGCCCCAUUGACGCUGCCUUGAGAGACGCUGCAAAGUAGAGCCUCAGAGUUUGGAGUAAACCAUGGGCACCGAGAAAGAAGAGCCCGACUGUCAGAAACAGUUCCAGGCAGCAGUGAGCGUCAUUCAGAACCUGCCUAAGAAUGGCUCUUACCGCCCCUCCUAUGAAGAGAUGCUGAGAUUCUACAGCUACUACAAGCAGGCUACUAUGGGGCCCUGCCUGGUCCCCCGGCCUGGGUUCUGGGACCCCAUUGGACGUUACAAGUGGGAUGCCUGGAACAGCCUGGGCAAGAUGAGCAGGGAGGAAGCCAUGUCCGCCUACAUCUCAGAGAUGAAGCUGGUGGCCCAGAAGGUGAUCGACACAGUGCCCCUGGGCGAGGUGGCGGAGAAUAUGUUUGGUUAUUUCGAGCCCCUGUACCAGGUGAUCCCCGACAUGCCGAGGCCCCCAGAAACCUUCCUGAGAAGGGUCACAGGUUGGAAAGAGCCAGCACCGCAGAGAGCCGAUCAGGCUGCUCCAGAGCCUUCUAGCCAACUCAGGGAGCCAGUACCUCCAAAUCCAGAGUCCCAGCCACCCAGAGACUUGGACCUGGAUGUUUUCUGUGACUCCGUGGAGCACCUUGAGCCGGAGCUGGUGAGAUCGCCCCUCUUGUCCCCUGUUCCCGUGUCCACGCUCCCCCACCUCCAUCCUGGGACCUGCGGCUCAUCUGAGCAGGUUUGGGCCGAGCAGAAGGAAGCAGCUGGCAGAGAGCUGGACACCAGUAGCAGCCCCGAAUCCCCCGGUGAGAAAGAGGGGUUGGGCGGCAGCUUGGUGGAGCCCCAGGAAUUGGACAGAUGGCUGGUGGGAACAGUCCGGGCCAUGCAGGAAAGCAUGAGGGAUGUUCAGAGGAGGCUGCAGAGCCUGGAGAGCAAGCCCCAGCCACCUGAGCAGCAGAGGCCGCCAAGGACUCGGCCUCGGCCCCUACGGCUCUCGGCUCCCACGGUGCUCUUCUUUAUCCUGUGGCCCUUCGUUGUCCAGUGGCUCUUCCGACAAUUUCGGAUCCAGAAGAGGUGACUCAAGGACGGGGUCUCUCUAGCAACUGAGAAGGCUAUGAGGGGUCCCCGCAUGUCCUGCUGUGUCCUGAGCCUCCUUAGGUUUAGGAAAACAGAAACCUUCCUUCCCAUCCUCGGUCACCCUCCUUUAGUAGGGGUCCCCUAAGACCCCAGCCUUCCCCGCAGCUCGCACCUAUGUUCCCAGGCUGAGUCCCCAAGCCUGCCGCGGUCGGCUGCUGUCACGGUGCACGUUCUAGCUUUGGGGUUGGUGGGGAGCACCCUCCGGCCCCACCCUCCGGGUCACCUGACUUUGCUCCCGCCGAGUCGGCUCCCUGCCGAGGCUCAGCUCUUGGGCAAGUUGGGACUUGGACCUGGCCUGAAGACUGAUUGGCUGGAAGGUUGCGAGAAAGGCCAGAGCCCGCGGGAGUGGGGAGGGACGGGAGGAGUGUGCAGGCUGGGGGCUGGGAUGCCCCGGACACACGCACAAGUACACAUCCCGCUCGGGACUUCACUGAAGACUCACGUGCAAUUGAACGCUUCAUUAAACAAAAGAAAACCUCAA